AUGGAAAUCAGCAUCAGAAAUCGAUGGGUGAGCCGACUUCAUGAAGAAUCUAAUAACAACAGUAGGAGUUUAUUCAAGAAUGGCUGCCCAUAUGGUACUUACGUUACUACCGUCUUUCUGCUUGAUACUUCGGCUAGCAUGGCGGGGGAGGGUCUGGAACAAAUGAAAACGGCAUUCAAGGAUAUCAUUAACGAGUUUUCUAAGCAUCCAUCAAAAACAGAAAAUGUGUCAGUGAUAACUUUUGGAGAUGAUGUAAAAAUUCUUCAGUACUAUUCCAAGGAUUACAUAUCAAUUUCCAGAUGUGUAGAUAGCAUAGAAUGUAGAGGCGAUAGCAAAUUAGAAGCAGGACUUAUCAUGUGUUUGUCAGGUAUACAAACAGUUCCUUACUCCAACAUUGGAUCAUUUCACGUGAGAACAAGAAUAGUCGUUAUCACAGAUGGUAAACCAACAGAUCUCUGUAACGAAAACGGUCAUGAGAUUUACCAGUCACGUGGCUUUGAUGAGGUUAGCAAUGGUGUCAUUGAUGUAGCGAAACAACUGGGUAGAGGUAACCCUAUCUUCUGUAUUCCAGUUGGAACAGAUCCGGAUAUU